CUUAUAAAGAAAAAGGAUUUAAAUUUGGAAUGUUUUCUACAAUUGCAUAUUAUACUGGUAUAUUAUGGAAGUCUUUAGGAAAAUCUAAAGAAAGCUUUGAAUCAUUGAUUACACAAUUACGGCAAUACAAGAUGCAAAAACAUUCUGAUAGAACACCAAAUGCAUAUACAAUGCCUUAUUCAUUUAAUAAAGAUACUCUAUUAAAUUCAACUAAUACUAUAACAGAUAAUUUAGAAUUAGAAAUCAAAACAUUUAUUGAUUUUAAUUCACUAAUUUUUAAAUCAUAUAAUGAUAAUAAUGAUGAUUUGCUUAAAAAUGAGAAUUUUGAAUCUAAU